AUGCCUCUGCCACAGACCGACCACGGGCAAGCCAAUGCCAGCGCGCCAUCAGUAGAAGCCAUGCCGGGUAUACACACUGCUGGUGAUAAUGCCGGUGAUGGGGAUGGUGGUGAGGAAGGUGAUGGUGCUGACCAUGCUGCGGGCGACAGUGGUGCUGCUGAUGCUUCUGAUAGAGCCGACGGUGCUGACGGCGGCGGUGCCGAUGCGUUUACACUGCUGCUGGAUGAUGCUGUGUCGCCUGCUGGCUUCCAAGCGGACAGGCUGAGUGUUACAGAGAGUGAGGGGGGCGUGGUGGGUGAGGAGGAGGCGUAUGAGUGGGCGAGGAGAGUGGUGCGAUCAGGGAUGGAAGCUGAGGUGGAGCAGGGCGGCCGUCUGCUGGAGACACAGGAUGAUGCAGAGGGUGGGGAGGAGGGUGCGGGGGAGCGUGGGGGUGAAGGUGCGGGGGAAGAUGCGGCCGAGGAUUUGGCAGCAGGGGAGGUGGUGCCAGAAGAGAGGAGACAGGCAGAGCAGGGGAUUAAUCUGACACAUGCUGGGCGUGGUGCGAUGGAGGACCAGAGCAGUGCCAGGCAGCUAUCUGAGACUGAGAGCAAUACUGCUAGGCUGGUCCUCACUUCCACAGACACUUCCAGUGAGGCCCCCAGUGAGAAUUCCCCCAGUGAGACUUUGACUGAUGGGUCUGGGCAAGAAUCUGGGGAGGAGCAAGGGAGGGAUGUGGACAGGGUGCUUAGCGAGGUGGGAGGUGCGGGGAUGGAGGGACCGGAUGGAGGCAGUGGGUAUAUGGGUAUGCCACACGCUCUUGGCAUGGGUAGAAGCAGCAGUGGGAUUAGUGACAGCAAUGACAGCACUGGCAGCCUUGGCAGUGGUGGGGAUGGAUGGGAUAGAAGCGCCAGUGGGUAUGGGAGAGGCAGCAGCAGCAACAGCAGCAGCAGCAGCAGCAGCAGCAGCGGUGGUGGUGCUGCUGUGUGGGAUGCAAUGCUAAUGGAAGCUCUCUCGCCUCUCCCUCGAGGCACCCUCGUCGCCCGCCCCUUCACCAUGCAGCGAAGACUCUCAGAGGUGGAGCAAGAAGCGACUGACGGCCCUGCAUCGCCCACGCUCUCUCCAUCCCUCUCCCUCACUCCGGACCCCUUCCAAGUCUUCUCCCGCUCCACCUACCGCCCCACCUUCCGCUCCACCACCCGCACCAGCCGUGUCAGCCGUGUCAGCCGCAGCAGCCACACCAGUCGCACCAACAACACCAGCCGCACCAGCCGCACUAGCUAUGGCACUGUUCUCUUCCCUGCCGUCUUCUCGCCUGCGCUCUCCGGCCGGCCUGACAGCUCAUCUGAUCAUCGUGGAUGGUCCAGUCCUGCUACCAGUAAUGGGCAUGGGCUGACCCGUGCUGCUAGCAGCGGGGCGACCGGUGCUGCUGACUGGGCGGCGAGAGGGAGUGGCGGGGAGAGUGGUAGAGGUAGUGGUGGAUGGGGCUGGGGAGGGAGUGAGGGGCGGGGGAGUGGUGCGUGGGGCAUGGGGGAGGUGAUGGGGGAGGGCAUGGGGGAGCGGAUUGGAGAGGCGAUGGGGACGGAGGGUGGUGCGGGGCAACUGCCGUAUGAGGAGCUUCUGCUGCUGGAUGAAGGCAUUGCACCGAGGGGGCUCACUCCACGGGAACUGUGGGGGCUGGAUCGACUCACUGUGACCCACGCUGACGUGCACUCACACCCAGAUUGCCAGAUAUGCCUUUCUUCCCCAGUGGAAGGUGACCUCUUGGCGAAUCUCCCUUGCCACCAUACCUUCCACAACGCGUGCAUCACAACAUGGUUUGCUCGGAACCGCACCUGCCCACUUUGCCGCUUCGAGAUCGCCACCACCAGCUAA